GCGCCGACCGGCCGGGACCGGCCAGGACCGGCCCAGCGGCCAGCGGCGGGACGCCCUUUGUUCUCGGCCUUAGGGUGCGAGCGGGGGGAGGCUGGGGUUGCGAGACGAAUGAAGGAGCGGGGAGGAGGGGGAGGGGCCCCUCCGCCCUGAUGGGAGCCCCCCGGCCCGCUCUCCCCGGACGCAGCGAUGUUCAACCAGCAGCAGCAGCAGCAGCAGCAGCAGCAGUUCCAGCAGCAGCUGCUGCAGCUCCAGCACCUCUUGCAGCAGCAGCAGCAGCAGCAGCCGGCGGGACGGGGGCUGUCCCCUCAGCAGCAGCAGCAGCUACUGAACCUGCGUGUCACCAACCAGGCAUCCCUCCUCAACGCCAACCCCAUAAUGCAGAGAGCCCUCCUCAUGCAGCAGAUGCAAGGGAAUCUACGGGGAUUCAGCCUGACCGCUCCAGGCCUGCAGCAGUUCUUCCCACAGGCCACCAGACAUUCCCUCCUGGGUCCACCCCCCGUUGGCGUCUCCCUCAAACCUCCCUGUAUCGGUUUUCCCGGGCUCCCAUUCCAGAGGCAGAACCGCCUGUUCCGAAAGGACUACCAGAGGGGUCCUGAUAGGAAACGGGACCUGGAGCAGAGCUCCUCGGCACAGGCGCCCGGUGGAGAAGAGAAGCUGGGCGCUCCAGGAGCCCCCCAAGUUGGGGCCGACUGCAACGCUUCCCCGGGUGAUCCGCAGCCCCCCACAGACCCCAUGGCCGAUGGCAGCUCGGAGCCCGCAGCUAAGAGGCUGAAGAGUUCGGAAGGAGCCGAAGGUGACUUGGAAGAGCCAAGCCUGGAAAGCGAGGGUGGAGGGAAAGAGGGCGUGGACCCCACAGACCUGGCCAAGGACCGGAAUUUCUCCGAGGAAGCGAAGGCCCCUGAGAUGGUGAGCUCCGGGGGUUCCCUAAAGGUGACCAUCCAGCAGAGCAGCGAGAGCCGUGCCAUCAGCACGUCGGCCGGGCACCGGCCCUGUGAGGGGGUCCCGGCGGCAGCCCCCGCCCCCGAGGCGGGCCUCAAAUUCUACUGUUACAUCUGCAAGGCCAACUGCUACAACCAGCAGAAUUUCCAGGCCCAUAUGGCCGGGCUUCAGCACCAGCAGCGGCUCGGGGAGAUCCAGCACAUGAGCAACGCCUGCCUCGUCUCACUGCUGCCUUCGACCCAGGAGCAGCCCGGCCUGGGGGAGCGAGAUGGAGAGCCCCAGGGGCAGCGCUGGUGCAACACCUGUCAGCUGCAUUUCACUGGGGACCUGAUCAAGCACCGCAGGACCCCAGAGCACAAGCUGGCCAAGCACUCCCUCCGUCCCUUCUGCACCGCCUGCAGCCGCCACUUUAAGACGCCUCGCAAGUUCGUGGAGCACAUGAAGUCCCCCGAGCACAAGCAGAAAGCCAAGGAGGUGAGAUUGGGUGAGAAGGAACUGGGGGGGCCAGAGGAGUCGGAGGAGCUGAUCACGGUGGACGCGGUGGGCUGCUUUGAGGAGGACGAGGAGGAAGAGGAGGGCACUGGAGGUGAAGAGGAAGAGGAUUCAGAUGUGCUGGCCGAGAGCGAUGAGGUGGCAGCCGGCAAGCAGGGCGGGUUGAAGGACGUGGCCAUGGACGACUGGAAGGUCACCGAGGAGUAUUGUCCCGACAAGUCCUACGGCCUGGAUUUUCUGGUCCCCGUGGUGGGCUACCUGUGCAGGCUGUGCCAAACCUUCUACCACAGUGACUCCGCAGCCCGGCUCAUGCACUGCAAGUCCCUGAUGCAUUUUGAGAACGUCCAGAGAUACAAAGCUGCCAGGAAGGCCAGGCCGGUCCCCCCGGCCACGGAGGCUGACCCCACCCCCAGCCCCCCAAGAGUGGACGAGACCGGAGCCCCCAGCUCGGAGCGGGAUAAGAAGGCGGCGGCGGUGCCUCAGCCCUGGGAAAGCCAGAGAGAGACGGGCGACUCGGACAGCGACCCGGACGACGCUUGCGGGGCCCUGGUCAUUGCCGAAGAGGACGGCAGCCCCCAGGAGAGCGAGCCGGGGGGCGGUCUGGAGGAGCCCGACCAGCAAGACAAGGGGGACGCCCCCUCCCCGGCUGGCCGGCGCCGCUCCACCCGCCGCAAGCCCAGAUAGAGGGGCCGCGGGCCGGGCCGCAGAGGCUCAUUUUCCGGAGCCUUGCGCUAGAUCGAUCGACGGAGAAACUGCGGGAGGUGCUGCUGUUUUUAUCUGAAGGCCAAUAAAGGAGCCUGGAUUAGCGUUUAA